UUCUACAACAAAUCAAGGAGAAGAGCAUGAACAUCAAAAAAUACGUACCGGAGAUUUGCGCAAUAGAACAUUUUCAUCGACCCUAUUAGAGAAUAGCGGAGAUUCCACCGAGACACUCAUGAUACAACGAGUGUAG